UUUCAAGCCUGAGUUAUAAUUAUAUUUAUUUUGGUACAGAAUUCUCAAUACUAUGUUGUAUUUGUGUCCAACGAUCAGAUAAAGUUAUAUAUGAAUUGUUAUAAAGAUGGGUUUUGUUAACCGAAGUUGACAACACGUUCCAGAAAAAAAGUUGAAUUACUUGGAAAAGUCUUAAUAACAUUUUGUACGCCUAUAGAUAAGGAUGUAUAUGAAUUGUUGCAAAGAGGUGUUUUAAAACGACAGAUAUGAAGAGAUCUAAUAUAGUUUUACACUUAAUCCUGGAGAUUAUUGGAUUAUACGAUAUCUCAUGUAUUGAUGUGUGGAGAACUGUUUUUCUUGUACAAAGAGGUACAGGAGAAAACAUAUGGAGUUUUUAUAACGAAGCAGCCAGUUUUCGCGAUGAUGUCGACCUUAAUCCAGAUAAGAACUUAAGAAAUCCAAGUCACAUCGCGGCAGACGGCAACUACAAAAGUAACAUCUUUAAUAAAUGGAGUACCCGAACGCCCAAAAAGAUUCGUCUAGCACUACAUAACGAUAAUGGUGGCUUAUUAUGGCAUAUGACCUUUAACGGAAGUGAAACAACGAAAGAUCCUGCCAGUUGGUUUACAGUAGAACGACUAAUAUCAUCGCUUGAUACUACAAUAAUGGAUAAAAAACUUCAAAAUAACUUGGUGCUCAUAUUUAACCAAGACACCAUAUCAGUUCAACAAAAAGAUCAAAACACGUGGCUACAUACUAGCUGGCUAACUGCAUCAUCGGGACCUGAAAUAGCGUUUUCGAGUAGUAGGGCAAUAGCUAGAACCAAGUUAGCUGAUGUGUCGUAUCUACCGAAUAAUCAACUGGUAUUACAGACUACUAAUAUGAUCUACUACAAUGUGGUCGCUGAUAACAGAGCAAUAUGUACUACAACUAGAUAUAUCUAUGGUAUUGGUAUAGAGAAUAGUCUUACAGCCUCUACAUCUAUCGAUUAUGUUCGGUUUCAAACAAGUACAGAGAAAACAUGUUACGCUGGAUUACUUCCUUACAGAAAUAAAUUUGGAGAGGAAGAGGUAUUUCGACCAAACUCUACAAAAGGUGUCAACUAUGUUUUUCCCGUGGCAACAACCAAGUUCAAUACUUUAAGACUAGAUUAUACAAGUCGUGCUUAUGGUAAUAAAAUAUACAGAUUUGAAUGGCGGGGUGGUGAAUUCAUACCAGCUUCUAUAUUAACCAUACAAUGGUCUGAAGAUAGUGUGGCAACUACCGACCAAUUUCAAUAUUUAAUAGUCGACGAUGAAAGUACAUCAAAGCGUAGGCGUAGAUAUACAAGUGCUAGCGACAACAGAGGGUCAGUUAUAGUGUUCGGUUUCUUUGGUAUUGUAAUUCUUCUUGCCAUCAUCAUCAUUAUCGUCAUGCUAGAUGUGGCAACCUUGCAUCGUCAUCUGAGGUUCAUGAAGAAGAAUACCUUUGAUUGUAGACAAAGUUCUAUGAAGAAACUAAAGGUAUUACAGCAAAAAUUUACCAAAUAUUCGAACCAGAAAAACAAAGAUAAACCAAGUGAAUCAGCACCGCCUAAGACGAGCAACAAAAAGGCGCAAGAUAAAAUACGGAAAGUAGUCAAUGUCAGUAUGGCCAGAAAUUCCAUGAAAGGGGAAAGGGUGCCGAAGACAACAUUGGUUAUAGAUAAACCUGUUAAUGCAGUGCCGACAAUUUCUGUUACUAGUACAAGUUUAUCUGUUAAUUCCACUGUUAAUAAAAAUAAUACUUCUAGAAGAGGAAGUACUCUGCCAAUCAGUAAAAGAGGCAGCAUGAAAGUUACCCCAAAUAGACUAGACACUAACUAUGGCAAGCUUAUAUAGACUACACCUGUUUUCAUAUAAGUAAUAAUAUGGGAACACAAAUAAUUAAUUAAUAUUUGAUGAGAAUGUAAGUUUUAUAUAAAUAUGAUGUAGGCUAUAUAAAUUGGUUAUCUUUUCAAUGAAUGUAUACUUAAACUUAUUUUUUAAAAUUUAGUCUUUUUAAGCAUUAGUGAAAUGCAAUUUUGGUCGUGUUUAUGUACUGUGUGCAAAUAUAUACAUGUAUAUAGAAAUGUCAUGUGGGGGAACAUAAUGAAUAUCAUAUGGGGAAAAUAUACAGGAAUGUCAUGGGUAAAUAUAUAAGAAUGUCAUGUGGGGAAAAUAUAUAGGAAUGGCAUGUGGGGAAAUAUAUAAGAAUGUCAUGUGGGAAAAUUUAAUAAGAAUGUCAUGUGUAUAAUAUAUAAGAAUGUCAUGUGGAGAAAAUAUAUAGGAAUGUCAUGUGGGGAAAUAUAUAACAAUGUCAUGUGGGAAAAAUAUAUAAGAAUUCAUGUGGGAAAGACAUAUAAGAAUGUCAUGUGGGAAAGACAUAUAAGAAUGUCAUGUGGGGAAAAUGUAUAGGAAUGUCAUGUGGGAAAAAUAUAUAGGAAUGUCAUGUGUUUUGACAAUAACGGUUUUACUUUGUAAUGAACAUUUUAUUAUGAUAAACAUUAAAUCAAUAAUAACGUAAUGCAAUAAAUAGGCAUAUAAUAUUCUCGUGA